AUGCUGCAGACUGAGCCAAGGCACCAGGAGCUGUCUCACCCCCUGCAGACAGACCCGCCAACCUUACACUGGUCACACAGGCUGGUGGGAUAUAAUAAGGUACCAAUCACCAUGGAGACUAUACUGGAGAAAAUAAAGAAAAUUAGUGAACGUGCUGCCGAAGAACUGAGAGAAGAAGGAUUUAUAUCAGAUACUGAAAUAAGGACUCUGGACCGACAGGACCUCUGCGAGUUACUUCCUGGUAAAGCUCAACUCAAAGUGAGAAAGGAAAUAUUUCAACUCAUUAGUCAGGUACCACCACAAAGAAACACAAAGCAUUCAAUCGAUGAUAUAAAUAUAAGAGGAUUAAUUCCACCGGACUCAUUUGAAAAUGCUCCCUCUGAACAAGGGCCACUUCUGGAAUACCUUCAGCUUCUCAAAGACCACAGAAUAUACUUAAUAAUAUGCUACAAACUCAGACGAUCCACCAAUACAUUUUUCACCCCCAGAGGCAAGUUCGGCUGCACCACCGACUUGGUCUGUAUCAAAUUUGUGGCCAAAGCAGCAAAGACAAGACGAUCCACCAAUGAAUCGUUCACCCCCAGAGGCAAGUUCGGCUGCACCACCGACUUGGUCUGUAUCAAAUUUGUGGCCAAAGCAGCAAAGACAAGACGAUCCACCAAUGAAUCGUUCACCCCCAGAGGCAAGUUCGGCUGCACCACCGACUUGGUCUGUAUCAAAUUUGUGGCCAAAGCAGCAAAGACAAGCUCAUGUCACGUACAAGAUGGUGGACACUCUGAGAGUUUGCAGCUGCAAAAAACCAAUGACGAAGAUUGUCAAGUCAUCAUUGUCUUCUGUCCCGUGGUCUCCCGCGCAGGGACUGAUGUGGAAGCAGCAUUACGGGAAGUUUGCGGUGACAAACCCAUCAUUCUUGUUGCGAUGCACCAUAUGCAUUCUCCAUCAGGUCUUCCACCACCAAGAACCAACUCCAAGGUGGUGCUUGAGUCUACACACCGGUUUGGACUAGAGAGACCUUUGGGCUAG